AAAUUCGGGCAAGGCAGUUCCUUCAUGAAAUGGAUAUCUAACAUGAUGAAGGGGUUCUGUAAAGCAAAUGAAGAAGACAACUCUCCCACCGGUGCUCUUGCCAUUGCAGGUACUAAUGAUAAUGUUAACGGGAAUGGGGGUCAACACUUUGCUCUGUAUCCCCACAGGGAAGAUAGUCAAUGCAGAAACACUGGUUUCCAGUCUUUUUUCCAGUCCAUAUAUCUUCCAAGGAGAGAGAUUCAAGAUUCUAAUGUGGAUCUCCCGAUUGAUGAGCAGGAUACAAAUGCUGCUCCUUUAAGCUGUCAGGGGAAACUUCCAAACUUUCACGAACAAUUUCUCUUUACGAACAAGAAUGAUAUGUCCUCAUCUGGCAAAGAGACUGGUCUUGUAGCUGAACCUAAUGUUUCAUCUGGAAUGGUCGCUUCCAGGAGCUAUACAGAUAAAGAGGCUAAAGGUUCUCCUUCUUCACAUACUAAGUCUAAGCCGAAUGAAGAUAAAAAAAUAGGCCCUGAACCUGAUGGAAAAGAAGUUCAAUCUGUCACCGAUAGGAACGUGGCCCUGGGAAGUUUAUGGAUAAGCCGGUUUUCAUCAAGAAAAUCUUGCCUGCAAAGUAACGAGCAUCGUGAAAGAAUUGCCUCAGUCGAUUUCAAAGUCCAAGAGGCAAAUGGAUCAGCCUCAGUUAUGGUUAAAACCCACGAUUCAAAGAACACAUCAAAGGAGAAUCGUGCAAUAAACGCCGUUGAUAACUCAAGCUUGAUGCAUAACCUGAAUCCCAUGGCUUCUUCCCCGAGAAUAGAUUCAUGACAUUCAUCUGAAGCAC